AUGAUAUUUAAAAGGUUCUUUCAUAAGUACGCAGGAGGAAGCAAAAUAAAAUGCUACAUUGAAAAAAAGAAACAAAAAAAAAAAGACACCACUUUGUUUCAUCAACCAUUGUAUUCUAAAAAUUCAAAAAGCUUUAUCGACUGGAGAUACAACACACCCAAGUCUGGAUACGAAUACAUGUACAUAUAUGGAGAAAACACAAUUGAAAUUACGAAUCUUCCCAAUAACAAAACUAAUGAAUAUAUCCAGGAACGGUUGAGAAAAAGCUUAAACAAAUAUGGAAGGCUAAAAAUAAUAAGAUGCUUAAGCAACAGAAACGACCCAUAUAUUAACAACAACAUAUGCUAUGCUACAUUUCACAAUAAAAAGGACAUGUAUAAAUGUAUUCGAAAUAUAAAUAUAAGAUUUCCCGCAUCUUUACAAUAUAAAAUAUUAAAGUUUAAAAGUUUGUACAGCAACAAGUCAAAUUAUUAUAAUUAUUUUUUUAAACAAGACCAUUAUAAUUAUAGUGUUAUAAAUAUUGCUUUAAAUCUAUUUAAAUAUUUACAAAAUAAUAAAUGUGUUUUAAAUAUUAAAGAUAUAUAUAAAAACAUAUUUGAGUAUACAUAUUAUCCAUAUAAAAUUAUAACAUCAGGGAUAUCAGUAUAUAAAGUGUUCAACAAUUGGAUAAAUUUCAUUAACUUUUUUGACAAUUUAUUUUUAAAAAUAAUAAAAGGAGACACUAUUUUUAUUUGUGCCAAAAUUGUGGAUGAUCAAAACAUAUCUAUUUAUCUUAAUAAUAAAUUAAUUCAAUUAAAAAAAAAAACCUGCGCUUCCAACUCUUUGUAUUGGCGCCAGGACUCCUUGCAAUUGCCAGAGGAAAUCGAAAGCAAAAUAAAUAAUGAUCAUCCGAAAAAACUAAAAGAGGAAAUGCAACUUCUUUCAAAAACGAAGGAUUUUUACAAAAUUCAUGAUGAAAGACACCUGCUCAAACUAAAGCUGAACAAGGAGAGGAAGGAAAAAAAAAGACUAGCAAAAGGGGCGUCGUUCAAAAGUAGGAAUAAAAUAUGA